AUGCCUAGUUGGCGGGUUGGUAAAGGGCAGAGCAACCGUUCGCAACAAUCGCUCGAUUCUGGCCUCCCCCCAGCGGCAGCAGCGACCGGCGGCACGCUGGAAUCCCAAGGGGCUGGAGGAGCACAGCCGCCAGCACCACCAACAGCGGCGGCCGCAUCAGCAGGCCCAGCGCCAGCGCCAGGGCAGCAACAGCAACAGCAACAGCAGCUGUCACCGUCAGCACCACCACAACCACAACCAGGCCCCGCACAAGCGUUUGCCUCGGGCGACCUGCACAGCAGCCACAUCGACAGCGUCGCAAACCGCACACCAGUGACGGCCCACACGGCCUCCUUUGUUGUCGACCCGCGCCAGCAGCAACCAAAGGAUUUCGAACAGGUCGCUCGCAGCCAGAGCCAUCGUUUUCCCCAGCAGCAGGCCCACUCGCCGGCCGCCUACCAAGCUGCAUCCGGCUCGCUCGAGGACCUCUCGUCGUCGGCCUUUGCCCAGGCCCGGUCACCGCUGCUCGCACAGGGCCCAACGUCCCCUCAACAGCAGCACCUCCCACAGCAGCAGCAAGCCCAACAGCAGCCCCAACCAGAGGCCCGCCGCAGCACCCGGAAGUUGAUCAAGAAUAUCUUUCAGCCGCAGCACCACCACCAACAGCCCUCAAUCGACAACGGCGCCCAGCAGGUUGCCCGCCGCCCUUCCCGCGUGAGCCAGCCCCAGUCCCCGUCCCCGACCCAAACCCAAACCCAAAUCCCUCCCGCGUCCGUCUCGCAGCUCUCGGUGGACCAGCCGGAUUGGCAGCAACAGUCGUCAGCCCCGCCGCCGGCCCCUGGACUCCAGGCUGUGGGGGACCCUCGCCCGCUGCAACGCCGGCCGUCGGAACUGUCAGACUCUAAUCGGGACCUGCUUCACCACCACCACCGCCAACAGCCGCAGAACGCGAAUUCCCACGAGCCGCCACAUCCCGCCAUCCGCCACGUCCAGACCGACACGGUCGUCUCGCCCUACGGCCUCCCCCGCACCGAGAACCCCGCAGGCGCCUAUCAUCAGCCUCACGCCCAGGUCCUUGUCCCGGCCCAGCAGCCCUCCCCGGACACUCAACAACAUCCCUACGGCCAGGCCCACUUCGAUCCCUCGCAGCAGCAGUUUCAAUUCCACCACCUCCAACAGGGUCAGUACCAACAGCAACCGGGUGCCCCCUCCAUCUUCACCGGCGGCCUUCUCGAGCCGAGCAACCAGCACCGCAAUCCCGAGACCAUCUCGCAGUUGUCGCACGACUCGCCCAUCGCCGACACGGAGCCGAUCCCCAUCAACCUGCACUCGGCGCAGUCGUCGCCGGCCGUCAAUUACCCUCCGCGAUCGCACGAACUUUUGCAAUCCGCGUCCCAGCCCCAGCCGCAGGGCCACAUCCAAGGCCAGAGCCAGGCUCAGUCGGUGCAGGCUUCUGCAGAAUCCCGCCAGGAACACCAAGACCAAUUCGGUCAGCAGCAGCAGCACCAGCAACAGUACCAGCAGCACCAGCAACAGGUGAAUCGUGAAGACGAUAGCAUGGUGCCACAAGCGCAGGGCGGCCCGCCGGCUCCGAAUCGCAGGUCGACGGAAACAGAAAAGAACAUGCGGGGCCAGAUGGACCCCCCACCCGGCCCGCCUCCUGGAUAUAGACACAACCAGACACCGUCAGGGAACCCGCUGCAACCGCCUGGUUCCAGCGGCCUCAACCAGAACUAUCGCCCAAGCGGUGGCCAGGACCGCCAGUUUGACGGGGCCACCCCAGAAGGCAGAAAUAGCCCUCAGCCGACGUCGACGAGCGCCGAAACGCCGGCUGAGAACGACAAGGCCUUCAAAGAGCUCUUGACCAAGUACAAAAACGUCAAGAGGCUUUACUUCGACGGCAAGAACCAGAUCGAGCUGCUCAACGGCCAGGUGGAACAGCUACAGAAUGCAGUUGCGAACCAACGCAUAUCGCAGUCUCGUACUUCACUCGACGACAACGAAUAUGCAACGCGCUUCAACCGGCUCAACGGCGCCAUCAACAACCUCUCGUUCAACAUUCGCAAAGACUGGGUCGCCGUCCCGUCGUUUCUGGACGGCUAUGUCAGCCCUGAUGCGUUGCGGACAGGAAAACAGGAGAUGACGGCGGCAGGGCGAGCCGCAAUCACAUCUUGGGUCCUAGACUUUGUCUUUGAUCGGUGUUUCCACCCAGGGCUGGACCCGUCGCUUUCGUACAGCCUGAAGCAGAUUGAGCAGAACAUACGCAGCUUCUCCUACACCCUCAACAGCCAUGAAGAGUACGAAGCUCUUACAUCAAAAGUAGUAAGCUGGAGGAUGGCGACACUAGAAGGGCUCCAGCCCGUACUGGCCUCCGCGCAGAGCGCCGACCACCGGGUUACCUUCACCACCGAGGCCGCGCGCAACCUCACCAACAAGCUUUUUGACCACCUGACGAACCCACCGCCGACAGGAGUUGAUGGUAGUGUAUCAAUGAUAGUCGAGCUGGCCGUCGGCAUAGCGUCCAACAUGCCAUUGGAGAGUCGUGACGUCGCCAUCACAUUCCCGAGCCCAGGAUCACCGAUGCAGCCCAACAUAAUGGAGGUGGAGAAAACUACAGGUCUUCCGCCACUCGAGACGCGGCCAACCGAGGCGGAGAGGGACGCGGACACAGAGGAGGAGGAGCGGGCUGGAAAGGACGGAGGCGGUAGGGAGGCCAAGGGGGCCUCGAAGUCUAGUUCACGCGCCGAGAAGGCGGGAAAGAGCGCUUCAUCCUCAACCUCGAACCUUCCACCAAAGGAUGCGAACAGAAUCCGCUUCGCUGGUUUCCUCGCAGUCGAAGUCCGGGGCCGGCAGGUCUUGGUCAGGGCGCCUGUUUGGACGAUGGCCUAG